AUGGAGUCUCUGGAUAGUUUGGCCGCCGUGUGCGGAUUGCCAUUUUCUCUCAAAGCCCUGCCGGUCGUCUUGCUGCUGCUCUACAUGAGCUUCUGCGCACAUUUGGCGGUGAGCUCCUUGCGCCGCGUCCAGCCCUACACGAACUGGGAAGUCCUGACCCCCGAUGAGCAGAAGAAAUACGCCGGAUACGAGCGGAACGACCGCCGGCGUCUCAGCUACAUCAAGACCGGCCUAGGCGGCUUCUUCCUCCUGCCCUGGAGGAUGAUCAUUGCCUUCUCCCUGCUCAUCAGCAACGGGCUUUCGAGCUCGUGGCUUUCGCGUCUGUUGGGAGAUGCCGGGAAGGGUUUUUCGCUGCGGGCGCGAGUCACGCGGAGACUGAUCGCAUACGUCGCGUACUUGCACUGUCGCAUUCUCUUCUACGUCAUGGGGAUCUGGAGGAUCAAGGAAGUCUACCUGGCGAACAAACAGGACUCGUCCAAGCGACCUGCAGACCAGCCGCGCGUGUUGGUCUCCAAUCACGUCUCGUGCUUGGAUAUUCCAUAUUUCAUCAGCACCUGCUUCGCCGCGUUCGUCGCCAAAAAAUCUCUGUCCGCUGCGCCUUUCAUCGGGAUCGCGGCCAACAGCCUUGGAUGCAUCUACGUCGACCGAGAUAGUGCAGAGGACAGGCGCCGCGCGUUGGAAAAAAUCCGCGAGAGGCAAUUGGAGUGCUGCGCGAACCCGGAGCUCAAUCCGCUAGUCAUAUUCCCGGAAGGCACGACGACCAACGGGCGCGGCCUGCUGCAGUUUCGCCGCGGAGGUUUUUCGUCGUUCUGCACUGUUCAGCCGGUUGUCUUGGUCUACCGCAGCACCUACGUGGAUCUGGGCUUCGACAUGUUCCCGUCCUUCGACUGGAUGGUUCUCUCGCUCUCCUCGCCCGGACUGACGACGCUCGAGGUCUACUGGUUGGAGCCGAUCGAGCCUCCUCCUGCAGAGAAGUUUUCGACGGACGAGCAAAGAGCUAACGCCUUUGCGGACAUUGUGCGGAAUCGCAUGUGGGAGGAGCUAAAAAAGCGCAACCCGCUGACACCUCAAAUUGCAGGGCCUUGCCCUACAUGCUGGAUUGGCUCCGUCAACGUGCGCCGGGAAAUUGUGCAAACGUUGAUGGAGCGUCAAGGCAUUCCCUGUAAAACAGACUGA